ACAAACAUCGCUUGGAUCUCGAUUGGCCAAUGAUUCGUCUGUCACCGAUUGCGCUCACUGACUUUCGCGAUUCCCAUAUUCUAGCAUAAUACUGCCGGACCAUUUGAGAGGCAUUAUGCUACGAAUAUGUGGCAUCGUAAGUUUAUUGUAAUCUCUGUGCAACAACGGUACGAGAACAAGGCCAGUGUCUCGAGCGGAUUGAAAGAUACAGUGAUCGAUUCUCUAAUUUUCCGUCAGAGAUGAGCGAUAAGAACAACAAGUACGUGUAUUCGGAAAUAAAAGUCAUCGCCACCGGGUUAUCGUUUUCUUAUUUUUAUUCAUGUUAGUCGCAAGACGAGCCGUUGCGUAGUCGAGUCUGAAAGAUGCGCGUGGCCGUAGUGGGUGCCGGUGUGAUCGGCAUGACGAGUGCCCUCGCGGUGAAAACCAAUUUCCCGCAGUUCGAGGUGCACGUAUACGCGGAUCAAUUUUCACCGGACACCACCGGGGAUGGAAGCGCCGGCCUCUGGAUGCCCUACCUCCUAGGGCACACUCCUGGUCACAAGAUAUCACGAUGGGCCGGGAGCACGCAUCGAUGGUUCGAAGAACUGUGGAAGGCGGGUUUAGCUUCUGAGACUGGACUUUCCUUGAUACCGUUCUAUUACGUUACCACGGAUGCUACUUGCAAUUCCAAAUCUUGGAUGAAUCUCGUAUACGGUGCGCACAGGCUGCGACCAAACGAGUUGGAGAGCAUCAACGCGCAGCACAACACCGAUUACAAAGACGGAUGGAAUUUUUUGACGUACACCGCUGAACCCGUCUACCUGUUACCUUGGCUAACGAGGAAAUUCGAAGAAGCGGGCGGGAAACUUUGGAAAAGAAAGAUCCGGGAGCUGCGAGAACUGAUCGACGAGGGAUACGAUUUGAUAAUAAAUUGCAGCGGUCUUGGCGCGCGUGAACUCGUCGGUGAUGAUACGGUUGUACCUAUCAGAGGUCAAGUCGCCAGGGUGGCGGCAUCGUGGGUGUUUCACGGAAUAUUGGAACAGCACGACCAUGGAAGUUACAUCAUACCAAACAUGGAGAGCGUAAUACUGGGUGGUACCCGUCAAGAGAACGACUACGAUCGCGUUCCCCGGGAAGAGGACUCGAAAUUCAUACGCGAAAACUGUUGCAGAAUUCUGCCUGCUCUCAAGAACGCACGGGUACUAAAGGAAUGGGUCGGUCUCAGACCGGGUAGACCGGAAGUGCGUAUCGAGGCCGAAGCGUAUAAGUCUUCUGAAGGAAGACGAGUCAAGGUAAUACACAAUUAUGGGCAUGGGGGUAGCGGCGUGACGCUUUGCUGGGGCUGCGCUUUGGACGUCGUGGAAAUUAUACGGAACAUGCAGAAUACGAAAUCUCGUUUCAACAAACGUCCUUUGAUGGUGGUGCGCGGUGAGAUUGAACUCGGCGAGACGAAGAAGACGUGCGAUCGACCGGACGGGGAGCUCAGCAGCGAGUCCGAUUCGAGUACCGAGGUGCGAUCAUGUAAGACCGUCUACAGGAGCCGAAGCAAGAAACUCGUCGUGUCCGACAACGCGAGCCUAGUUCCGUUCACCGAUUUUAUUAAAAAUGAUCCGAUUGUCAGCGCAAAGAGAGAGGACAAAGCAGACUCAUCGUUCGUCGACACCGACGUUGAAUUACGAAAAGAUGGGGCCGUCAGCAGGAGGAAGAAAAAGAAACGAAGAUACCUGACGAUAUGCACGAGCAAUUGCAAGUACGAAGCGGUGAGACGGGUGGCCGCCCGUUUCGGCAUGAAGGAGGUCACCGAGGAUAGCAGCUGGAACCUUUACUGGACGGACUUGAGCGUGAGCGUGGAACGCGCGAAAGACAUGAAGAGAUACCAAAAGGUGAACCAUUUUCCAGGGAUGACCGAGAUAUGUAGGAAGGAUCUGCUCGCUAGAAACUUGAACCGAAUGCUGAAGCUGUUCCCGAAGGACUAUAAUUUCUUCCCAAAGACCUGGUGUUUCCCCGCCGAUCACGGGGAGGCGAUGGCCUACGCGAAACUGAGGCGAUCAAAGACUUUCAUCAUCAAACCGGAUACUGGGUGUCAGGGCCGGGGGAUUUAUUUGACGAGGAACUUGAAGGACGUGAAACCUAGCGAGCGGAUGAUCUGCCAGGUCUACGUGGCCAGGCCCUUUCUGGUCGACGGCUACAAAUUCGAUCUCCGUAUCUAUGCACUGAUCACCUCCUGCGACCCGCUCAGGAUCUACAUAUACAACGACGGACUCGCGAGAUUCGCGACCAGCCGAUACAAGGAACCUACCGGACACAAUACUUCUAACGUGUUCAUGCACCUGACGAAUUAUGCCGUCAACAAACACAGCCGCAUGUACGUGAUCGACGACGAGAUCGGUAGCAAAAGAAAAAUAUCGACUCUGAACAAAUGGUUUAAAAUGAAAGACGUCGACGUGGACGAGUUGUGGCGCAAGAUCGACGAGAUCAUAAUAAAAACCGUUUUGGCAGCGUAUCCAAUUCUGAAACACAGUUAUCACACGUGUUUCCCCACGCACGACAAGACGUACGCGUGUUUCGAAUUGUUGGGCUUUGACGUGUUACUCGAUUGGAAGCUGAAACCGUAUUUAUUAGAGGUAAACCAUUCACCGAGCUUUCACACAGAUGCACAAAUCGAUAAGGACAUAAAGGAAGGAUUAUUGAUGAACACGUUCGACAUGCUGAAUUUGCAGCAGUGCGAUAAGAAGAAAAUUAUCGAGGAAGAUCGGAAACGAGUCAGAGACAGGCUUCUGCAGGGGAUAAACACAAAGGAUGGCAGUGUGAACGAUUCGACGAUCGGUACAGCGAAACCCGAUAAGCCGGAGGAAGAUUACCUGCAAAAGCAAUUUAAAUGGGAGGACGAGCAUAUGGGCAAUUUCCGCAGGAUCUAUCCGUGUACUGAUAUCGAAAAAUACGAGCCGUUCUUCAAGCAAACUGGCAUAUCCGUGUACCAGGAUACAGCAGCGUCUCGGGCCCGGGAGGAAGCAGCCAGAGUUCAGAAGGAAGAGAACGACACGAGGGUAAAGGAGCAGGAGAAUAGAAAGAUCGUUGGGAAGUGGAGCGAUUUCAGAUUGCAUCCAGAGAGCCCGAAUUGCGUUCUGCAGAAGCCAGUGAUGAACGAUCAGGAAAGGAGUAAAUCGGCGAGCUUCGCGAAAAGGAGUUCGCCGCCUUCGAAUACGAAGAAGCACACACCUGCGAACGGUACGUUGAACUCGUUCGAACCGGAGAUUAUAUCGGAGUCGGAGGAACGGGAGCGCGUGACGGCGUUGGCACAAAGAGAUUUUCUGAUCAAGAGCUACGGGAUGUUGGAACAAAUUUAUAUGGCGAUGAAGAAGAACGGCACGUUGCGGGCCGUGGACGAGAAGAAAUACGGACUGUACGAGAGACUCGGGUACGCGGAGAGUAUGAGCAAGAGUGCGUCCAUGUGUCGGCACAAGUGUUACAUUCAUCAGAACUCCGGGCCAGAGACGAGAUACGAACCGUGGACGAGCCACUCGUCGCAAUUUUGCCUUAAAGCAAGUAAAGCAGAUAAUCGAAUGUAUCGUGAAUCGAACGUCGGAGAACCGAUGUUAAAACGCGUUUUUUCUCUUCGUUUCUCCCACAGGGUAAAGUCCCGGACGAUGAAUUUGUAUUUACGAGUUUAAAGAAAAAUAAUAAUUUCUAAGCGCGAGGUGAGAGCCGUGCGCCGUCAUCGACGGUGACCGGUGGUGUACGAAAACGGUUUCGAUUUUUCAGAUUUCAAAGUGACCUGUAACGAGGCCCCGGUUUAUACACGGCCAAAGAUACCGAACAAAUUUUGGGUCGACGAUCUGAAUUCGAACGAUCGCGACGGCCGUAUCACCAAGGCCCACGUGGCUCGUACCCUGUCCAACGUUGUGCGCCUGCAUACGCUCCAGAAACGGGGAGAGUACAGUUUAUCGAAAUUUAAACGAUGCUACGAAUAGCGAGUGCCUUUUUAUAAGAAAAGUCCAUACAACGUUAUCUGAUGUAUAAAUUUAAAAAUAUCUACUCAUAGUCUCUCCAAGUGAUUCUAUACGUUAAUACGCGAUUUAUCAAACGAAAAAUGAUCUCCCCAUUUUAACAACUUUUUCACAUGUGGAACGAUGGAAAUAAAUUAUUAUUCGUGUGAAAAGAUACCGUCUGCAUUGAAUUACUGAUAACGGAGGGCCUAAAUUCCAAGUUCCAAAACAUUUCACAAAACAUGUACGUAUCAGAGACAGAAAGAGAGAACAAUGUAAAAAUCAACAUGGUAUGGAUUUGUUAUUUAAAGUGCCAUAUAAAUAUGUACAAUGAGUGGACAUGUACACGUUGAGAAAACGAGAAUAUCUCCGCACGCAUUGAUCGUGUAUC